AACAUAAAAAGAAGAUUAAACUGCAUAAGAUUCUAAUAUACGAAUAUACUGUUCAAAAGUUUGGGGUUGGUAAGAUCUUUAAAUGUUAUUAAAGAAGUCUCUAAUGCUCACUAAGGUAGCAUUUAUUUGAUCAAAACUACAUUAAAACUAUUGUAAAAUAUUAUGACCAUUUAAAAUAUUUUAAAACCGUUUAUUCCUGUGAAGGCAAAUCUUAAAUUUUUUUAUUACUCAUGUAACGAAACAUUUCGUAUUAAUGCUGAAAAAAGUUGUGCAGCUUAAUAGUUUUUGUAAAAACAUACUUUUAUUUGAACUUUGAUGAAUAGAAAGUUUUAAAGAACACCAUCAUCUUUAUUGACACUUUUGAUCAAUUUAAUAUGUCCUUGCCAAAUUAACCUAUUAAUAUCUCCAAACUUGUGAAUAGUAGUGCUUAUAUAUAUUAAUCCUUUGAUACAUUGUUCUUAAUCUGUUGUUUAUGAACCCCAUUUAUUAAUAUUUUGAUUAGGUAGUAUUUCUGGAAAUGACCUUUUGAAGUAAUACUAGCUGUGGACUUUAAUGACACUUUUAAGGUCAGUUCUGGCUAUUUAUCUCAAGCUUUGCUCUGACUUUGUGUGUGAUGAUUCUUGAAAACAUUGUUCUGUGUCUUAAGUCAUGCAUGGAUUCAGGUGAAACUUUGCAUGUCCGUGCAUUGAAUGACCCCAUGUCUGUCUGGAACUUGAAUGUCAGUCUGCACUGGUUUCACACCUGUAGCAGUGUGUGUGUAUCGCAACUGUUCAAGUGAACUUUCCUCAUGUGAUCUGACACUGAGUGCUUAAGCUGUGUAUAUCUGCAGUGAAUGUGUAUCGGUGAGACUGUCUCUGGCCCUCAGGGUAACAGCAGUGUUUUGGAAGCUCGGCCAGGUGUAUGUGUCCAAAUGGCAUGUGGGAGGGGCCUCAACUAGCUUCUCUCAUUUCCCUGGCAAAUACUGUCACCAGUUCCCUUUUCUUGUCACACAGCUUCUAGAGAUUAUAUAGCAGAAAUGGAAUGUGUUGGAGUCACUAUGUUUCUGCUCAUGUCCACAAUAUUUCUAUUCAUUCCUGGUACGGACUCUAAAUGCACUGAAUGUGUUUCACUGCAGCCCACACAGCAUGGAAAAGUGGGGGACUCGAUGCUCCUCCGAGUUGAGGCUCAUUUUGAUGUCCAGAAUGUGACGUUCCAGGGGUCCUGGUACAAGAUUAAGCCUAUUAACACUCUUUUGGUCACUUUCGACAACAUCAAAGCCAUCCCAAAUCUGCGCUUAACGAACCGCCCCGCACUCCAUUUGCCUGAUGUCUCACUGAAAUUUGAGCAUCUGGAUGAAGACACACAGGGGGAAUAUGAGCUGCAGAUCAACAUCGUCUUCCCAGGAAUUCCCAGCCCAGUUGCUGUCACAAAAAGUGUGACAGUCACAGUCAGCGUGCCUGUGUCCAUCCCAGUUAUUAGUAAGACCCCAGAAUCAGAACUGGUGGAAGACAGGGACAAUGUGACGCUGACUUGUUCUGUUGAACAUGGGACAAAUGUUCAGUACAAAUGGCUAAAAAACAACAUGGUGGUUGGUCCAAGUGAGCGGCAUACAUUCUCACAAGAUUAUGGGACACUUGUUAUAAACCCUGUCAAGAAAGAAGACAUUGGUCGAUACAUUUGUGAGGCCCAAAACUACAUUAGCAAUAAGCUAAGCAAAUCGGCUGAACUCAUUGUGUUCUAUGGGCCUUAUAACUUGGCAGUAAAUUCUGAACAAGGUCAGAUAACUGAAGGGGUGUUCAUGGUGAACCUGAAGGAACUGGUCUUUUUUGAGUGUAUUGCGGACUCCAACCCUCCCAACACCUGCGUCUGGAUCUCUAAGACAAAGAACGGCACAGAGGUUCUCAUGACUGGACCACGGUUUGAAGUGAAGCCGUAUGAUUUACCCCAGGGUAAAGAGUUCUUGUGCAGGGCAUUCAACAAUAUGACUAAGAAGCAGGAUGAGACCAAGUUCACACUGGUGAUGUCCAGAUUUGACAAAGGAAACGCAAAAUAUAGCCAGGAAGGAAGUGCGCUGUCUCCAUUGACUUUCAUUACAAUCUCUUCAGUCAUCAUCAUAGUGUGUAUGAUGUUUGUGCUCCUAAGGAAGAGCUGCCAUCCGAGAAGAAUGAUAAAGACUAUCUACAGGCGGCCAAUGACAGAGCAGAGAGGACUGCACCGCUCCGGUCAUGAAGAUGCAACUGAAGACUUUGGCAUUUAUGAAUUUGUCUCUGUACCUGGGAAAAUGGACUCAACACAGGCAUCCUGCAGGUCUUUGGCACGGCUUGAUUCAGUCAAAGAUUUGCAUACCACCAUCUAUGAUGUCAUCAGACAUGUGCCUGAAACUCCAACACUGAGUCUUUUGAAAUGAGAGCGCUGGAUAGUCACGAGCGCACGGAAGUAAAGAUGAAAGGAGUUUCACUAUUUUUUUCCUGCCAAUUCUUCUCUCUACAGUCACACGUUUUGUUUUACGCACUUCUUUUGUUUUACAGUUAUUCGUUUUUAUACUACUUGAGGUCUGAAAAUCAUACAUUUAUAAACUUGUGCUGGGCACUGAAGUUUUUAUUGUCUUAAAAAGAAUAUAUAAGAGAGCUAUGAGAUUUUUUUCUGUAGCAACAUGCUUAAUGAAAAGCUGAGAGUAUUUCUAUAUAAAUACGGUCGUCAUCUAACGUUGUUGUUGUUCCUGCCUUAUGAAUGUAAAUAUGAUGUAUGCAUUUUGUACUAAGAAUCUGUAUUUUUUUGCACACUGCAGCGUAUUCUGUAAUAUUGCUAAUUACAUUUUCAAGAUGCCACAUGCCGUUCCAUACAUUUCACGGGUAGCAGUUUGUUGAAUGUAAAACAGACAUCUUCUGUCUGUUUUGUUGUCUAUGUGUUGCACCUGCACCUGUUUAAACACAGAAGGAUGCUCCGUAAUGUUCAAAUAAAGGUUUAACAAAUA